UGUGUGGAGUUAGGGGGGCUGGCAGGGUCCUGUCAGGUGACACUCGCGUCGCGGCUGACGGCUCAGCGCGCCGCCACCCAAGAGCAGCAGCAUGGAGCAGGCAGCACCGAGAAGCAAGCUGAAAAAGCUAAGUGAAGACAGCUUAACUAAGCAGCCUGAAGAAGUCUUCGAUGUUUUAGAGAAGCUUGGUGAAGGAUCUUAUGGUAGUGUGUUUAAAGCAAUACACAAGGAAUCUGGACAAGUAGUGGCAAUUAAACAAGUCCCUGUCGAGUCAGAUCUUCAGGAAAUAAUUAAAGAAAUUUCUAUAAUGCAGCAAUGUGACAGUCCCUAUGUUGUCAAGUACUAUGGCAGCUACUUUAAGAACACAGAUCUAUGGAUUGUUAUGGAGUAUUGUGGAGCUGGCUCUGUCUCGGACAUAAUUAGAUUGCGGAAUAAAACACUAACAGAAGAUGAAAUAGCAACGAUUCUUAAAUCCACACUUAAAGGACUUGAAUAUUUGCACUUCAUGAGAAAAAUACACAGAGAUAUAAAGGCUGGAAAUAUCCUCCUUAACACAGAAGGACAUGCAAAAUUAGCUGAUUUUGGAGUGGCUGGCCAAUUAACAGAUACAAUGGCAAAACGAAAUACUGUUAUAGGUACUCCAUUUUGGAUGGCUCCUGAGGUAAUACAAGAGAUUGGUUAUAACUGUGUGGCAGAUAUCUGGUCCCUUGGUAUCACUUCAAUAGAAAUGGCUGAAGGAAAACCUCCAUAUGCUGAUAUACAUCCAAUGAGAGCUAUUUUUAUGAUUCCCACGAAUCCACCGCCAACAUUCCGGAAGCCAGAGCUCUGGUCUGAUGAGUUUACUGAUUUUGUGAAAAAGUGUUUAGUGAAGAAUCCUGAGCAGAGAGCUACUGCAACACAACUCCUACAGCAUACUUUUAUUAAGAAUGCCAAACCAGUCUCAAUUUUAAGAGAUCUGAUCACAGAAGCUAUGGAGAUCAAGGCAAAGAGACAUGAGGAACAACAAAGGGAGCUGGAAGAGGAGGAAGAAAACUCGGAAGAAGACGAGCUGGACUCCCACACCAUGGUGAAAACUAAUUCAGAGAGUGCUGGCACAAUGAGGGCCACAAGCACAAUGAGUGAAAGUGCCCAGACAAUGAUUGAACAUAACAGUACCAUGUUAGAAUCAGACUUAGGGACUAUGGUGAUAAAUAGUGAUGAUGAUGAGGAAGAAGAAGAUGGGACUAUGAAAAGAAAUGCUACUUCACCGCAAGUACAAAGACCUUCUUUCAUGGACUACUUUGAUAAACAAGAUUCCAAGAAUAAAAGCCAUGAAAACUGUAAUCAGAAUAUGCCUGAACCCUACCACAUAUCCAAAUAUCCUGAUAACUGGAAAGUCCCUCAAGAUGGAGAUUUUGACUUUUUAAAAAACCUAAGUUUAGAAGAAUUGCAAAUGAGGUUAACGGCUUUGGACCCUAUGAUGGAACGAGAAAUUGAAGAGCUUCGUCAAAGAUACACAGCGAAGAGGCAGCCUAUCCUGGAUGCAAUGGACGCAAAGAAACGAAGGCAACAGAAUUUCUGAAUUUGUCUUACUCUCAAAGAUAGUGCUAGUAGUCAAUAUGGACACUUGUUAAAUUGUAAAUCGGAAGGAAUUCUAUAGUUAUGAGAGGUGUUUUUAAAACUUUAAACUGUGCUUCAUAACCAAGCAAAGUUGGAUCAGUGACAGAACAUGUAUAUGGUGUUCAACAAAGAUGGUGGAACACAAUUAAACUCUUCUGUGCAUUUACCACACUUCUAUUUUCAAAUAUUUAAUGUAAUAGAAGUUUGAUCUGUUUAGUGGUAACUGUGUUGUACAAUGGGAGAGUGUUUAGGAUAUCUGGAAGAUUUUGAAGUGUUUCAUGAUUGUGUAGCACUACAGGGCCUUAUGUUGCAAUAUAUUUUUCUCCCAUUUAGUAGCAUAUUUAUUAUAUACUCGUAGAUGAUUGUAUUUAUUUUUAUGCCCAUUUACUUUUUAAAACUUGGGGGGAAGGGAGGUAUUAGGAUAGUUGUGGAGAGAAGGGCCAGGUUAGUUUAAAUUCAACGUGGGAAUGUAAUGAAAAAGAAACUCACUGCUAUAUUAAAGCCUUGAUUCAGUGCAGCAUUUAUGCAUGUGCUCAAGUUCCACUGACAUUGAUAAGUUAAGCAUGUGUUUAAGUGCUGCCCUGAAUCAGGGCCUUUAGCUGUAAAUGUCACACAGUUGCUACACUGGAGAACAUUCAUGUAAGGGUCUAUUCUGUCACCCUUACUUACAUUGAGUGGUCUCCUACUAUGGAAGGAAACAAGUGCCUGCUUAGUUUUAAUUUUUCUAUAGCGCAGGAGAAGCAACAAGUGCAGUCACACCUAUGAUAUAUACUUCUCGUUGCUAUUACAAUUCUUACAUUCUGACCAGUUUCAAACAUCAUUCUGCACCAUAGUUUUGUAAUGAAGCAACAGCUACACUUUUUGGCCAGUGUUUUUUACCUGGUUGGUUUGUAGUAGGUUUUUGUUUGUUGUUUUGUAUUGUAGACAUGUAGCUAAAAAGGACACUAAUUUAAAGCCAAAGAAAAUCAAUGGAAAACCUGUAUUAAUCUGUAAUAAGCCUCCAAAAGAAGCAAAGUUUUGUAGUAUUCCUAAUCCUGCAUACAUUGAACACUCAAAAUUCCCAUUGUCUUCUGUAAGAGUUUUGGGUGCAUAAGGAAUGCAGGACCAGGCUUAUGUUAAUAUCCGUGUCCAUUUUUUGUCUCUGGUUCAUGCGUGUAAAUAUAUGGUAGGUGAAAUAUAUCACAUUGCAAUAAAUAUAUCGGUCAUUUGUAUGGAAAUGUGAUCCACUUUCUGAACUAUCAACUGUGGUCACUAUUAAUAUUGCCACAAUUUUUGCCUUUUGCCUAAUUAACUUUAUUGUGGUAUUCAGAUAUUUCCCUAGAAGUCAGGCAUAAUGAUAAUUCCUUGCAAAAUGCAGCUAUACAGAUUUUAAUGGUGCCCAGGGUUACGGGCAUCCUUCUGUUACAUGUUUAGUAAACAUCUCGUGUCUCUUGGCAUUUACUAUAGUCAGAUGUGGACCAUUUAUACUGAACCAUGAGCCUUUGGAAACCAUGCAUUAUCUUUAAACAGUCUAACUAAACAAGAAAAAAAAUAGUUUUAAACUGAUCAGCAUAUGUCUGACCCUUCUGGGACCAAUUCUUUUUCUGGAGUUGUAUAUGGCCAUUGUUAUCAUUUUUGUUCUACGUGUGUGUGUGUGUGUGUGUGUGUAAUGCCAACUUGUAAAUCAUAAAUUCAAAUACAUUUUAACUGUGGCAGUUAGAACAAAUGACCCUCAUAAAUUCAUAAAUUUUUUAAAAUGUGAGCUGCCUUUUAAAAAGAAGGAAAGGAAGUAACCCUUCAGAGAGAUCCAGAAAACCUACAGUAAAUCAAGAUGCCCCAACAUUGUGCUUUUACUGCCUCACAUCUAAACAAACAAUGAAGUGAUGCAUGGUAAAAUCUAAUAUAGUUUAUGAAAAUGACAGCAUAGACUUCUGAAUAUAGACCUGUUAUUUCAAAUAAAUUUCUAAUUCUUUGUUUUAUCUCUUAUUUAAAUUCAUUGAUGUGUAUGUACAAACACAAAGAUAUAAUAUAUGGAAAGAAUGUAUGGAGAGCAUAGACUCAUCAAGAAGGAGAGAGCCUUAUUUACUCUUUCCCACUGUGCCUUGUGGGCAAUUAACGACAUUGUCCAACUAUAGCCUCUCUGCAUCAUUGCUAACUUUCUCUUCCCAUAUUUUCUCCCAUUUACCCCAUCAAAAAUAUCGUAUGUUGGUUUUGUAUGUGGUAACAUCAUCUGCUUACAAACUGUGUUCAGACUUAGUGCCUUCUGGAAAAUUUUCCAAUUUAGUACACACCGUGUGUAAUACUUACCCAGAGGGGGCCCAGAUUAGCCACUAGACGGGCUAGAGCUUUUCUAAUGACAUCUGAAAGGCAUGAGGGCAUAAAGUGCAUCCCUUCUCUAUCGGCAAUCUACCUGCAAGCCACACUUUCUCUCCAAAUGAAGCAACCCAACUGAAUUUUACACAUACACAAGAGAAAAGCCAAAAGUCACGGUGAAAAUUGGAAAUUGAAUAAGCCACCUGGGAUAGUGAAGUUCAUGGCUUCUGAGAUGUUGUAACUUAGAUGCAAGAAUUUUCUCUGUCCAAACUUGGUACCCCCAACUAAUAUAAAAUUCAAUAACUCUGAUGCCAGAUGCAAUGAGUGAAAAGCCUCUCAGACUUCAGGGAGAGCUAGAUCAGAACCUUAGUUAUGUGCAAACUGUAAAAUCUAGAAAUAGGUUUUAUAUUAGAGAGGGGUACUUUUAUGUUUUCCUUUCUGCUGUUUAUUUACUAAAUCAUAGCAUCCAUGUUCAUGACCACAUUUAUCUCCACUGAAGAAUGAGCAUUUUCUGUAAAGGAAAUCAGGUAGCACGCGAAAUAAGACAUUGUAACAUCAAGCGUUUCAGUAAAUCCAGGAGAACUACUGACACAUCAAGAGUCAGUAAGAUUUUAACCCAGCAUUUUCUUUUUUUACUUCCCAUUUUGUAUGUUUAAGUUUAGUACAUAAAAAUCUCUGAAAAAUAAUGACUUACCACUAAACAUCUGAAUAAAAACUUAUUUUUCACUUA